GAUCCGAUUAGUGCGCGACUUGUGGGGAGGAUCAGUUUGCCGCUAGUGCCACUCAGACCGGUCGUGAUGUCACUAACUAGUUCGCCAGUCAAUCCGCACACGAGACCUACAACGUUCGAACCCCCGGAGAAAGGCUUUUACUUUGGACAUUCGGUGAAAAUACGAUUGCCUGCCCUGCUCCUCGAUCGCAACGAGCUGCUGCUGCUUCUACUGGUGCUGGUGCAGGAGAGGAACGCUCGCACCGGCGUUAACGUAUAUAAACGUGCGAUGAAGAUGCACACCGCUUGACUGGUGAAGAGACCUUCACGCGGAGCAGACGCUACUCCCCGCGAAGACUGUUUGCGCGAACCAAGCGAAGGUCCUUGCACAAUUUUGAUCUCGAUCGAUCGGUGUUUGAGUGUUUGAUUGACACAACGUUCAGCGUAUAAUUGCCGGUGUAUGAGUGUGUAUGUGUGCUCUGUGUGACACGAAAGUUGACAAAGAAAAAACUGAGAAGAUCAGGUUACGAUCAAAGUGUGCUCAGUUUUCUGCCAGAAAAUUUGUUCCAAAAAAACAUUAAGCAAAUCCCGGAGCGAAGUUCACGCGGAGUACAAAACACGGGGUUGCCGAUUUACAAAUAUGUUGCCGAUCAAGCGUCUACUGCUUGGUCUCGCCAUCGGGGCAAUUGGUUCGGUCUCUUCCUAUAAAGACGAUCUUCAUGACUACGCCCCACAAUACGCUCACCCGGCGUACUCGUUCAGCUACGGCGUCAAGGAUCUGCAUAGUGGCGACGUCAAGUCACAGUGGGAGACGCGCGAUGAUGGAAUCGUCAAGGGACACUACAGCGUCGUCGAACCGGACGGUUCGAUCCGCGAGGUGGACUAUACGGCCGACUCGAAGACGGGCUUCAAUGCGGUCGUCAAAACACACGGUCCGAAUGCGCAUCCGGUGAAGGAUGAACACAACGAGCAUCACCACUACUACGACGAGCAUCACUCGCAGUCGAAGAUCAAUCACUUCAGCAAGGGACAGGAUCAUCUGAUCCUGAGCUCCGAUCUGCCGCACCACGAGAAGGAGAUUGCCGAGAUCAGCGAGAAGAAGCGUCCGAUCCCGUCGAUACUGGAGCUGAAGCCACACGUCAACCUGGAGAAACCACUGGUCGCCUACAAGCACUACGAGCCGCCGAAGACGAUCUUCAAGCAUCAGCACUACUCGUACGACGAGCUGAAGCCUCACCACGCCUCGAGCGGCGCAGAGUACGAGCACGGCCAUAAGCACUACGCACCGGAAUCGUCCGACUUCUUCUCGGAAUCGGUCGAAGAAGAUAAGGACCUAUUCAAACCGAGCAUCCGCAUCGAGGAAGUGAAGGCACCGGAUCUAUCCAAGCUGAGGCCCAUCUCACCGGACGUAGACUUUUCGAAGAUCACGGAAAGUGAGCUCGGUCCGUACUACACCAAGGACAGCUUCCGGCCGUUCGCUCAGUACAGCAACACCGUCUCGCACCCGGUGACGCUGCAGAAGGCCAAGGUACACACGGUGCACGUGGAUAGUCGGCCGAAGAAAAACCUGCUAAAACCCCUCACCACACCCGGGCUGAAGAACUUUGCCACACCGUCGGUCUACAAGUUCAAUGCACGCACCGGUCCCGUCCACCGGCCCGACUACUCGAGUUACUUCAAGGCGAAGGGAGCGCGCCAGGCACGCACCGGUCCCGUCCUGUUCGUCCCGAACGAGCAGAAGGAAGCCUCGCAGCGCAUGGUCCAAUCGAUGCUGUCACGGCAGCAAUCGCGCAAACAUCCGGUCUACGCUACUAAUUACGCUUAAGGCAGGUGGCAGCGGCCCAAAGCCCACCACCCACACACACACACACACAGUGCAAUACAAUCACGAGCAAAAACCGUCGUGCGUGAUAGUUUAAUUUAAAAAUGAAAUGAAGUAAACCCACUCGCUAGUAUAAACGCACGCGUUUUGGAGGUUAGGUGAACUAAGCGUCGUUCACUGAGAUCUGUUACGUCUUACAGUACGGUGGUCUAUUUAAUAAAAUGUAAAGU